UGCCAACGGACCCGAAGGCUUCAACUCUUCAAGAGACCAACAUGACACUGUGCUGAUUGAUGUGAGAGCGCUUGCUCUCCUCUGUAACACAUGGGAUCACCGGAUACAGGGGCCAUGAAUGUGCAGAGUCACGAACAGGCCAAUCUGCACGACAAACGACACGCCGUGCAGAGCGACGACGGCGACCGUCCUCACAAGAUUCGCUGCUUAUCUGACCUUCGACACGCCUCUCCAGAUUCCCUGGUGGAAGACCUCACUCCUGAGAUCCCUCUUUCGAAGCUGCACCGUCAACUUCCAUCUCCGUCUGCCACAAAAACCGACGACGUGAGUGGAUGCAAUGAAGGUCUCUACAGGAGGAAAGAUGCUGACAAGGUGACGCAGUUACAUCGCGAAUCGUCUCCUGCCAACUCUCCCGUACCAGAACGAAAGACAAGAUCGCCGGACAGGCAUACCGAGCGCCCAUCCGCAAAGAGAGCCUGCUCGCCUUUACAACCAUCGGACAUCGGUGCUUUUGUGGAGAAGUGGUUAUCAAGCGUUCCACCUAGCGAGGAAUGCGAUAUCCAAGACGCCAUGAGUCUGCCACCCUCGAAAAGAUCUCGGUCCUCGGAUUCGUUAAGCCGCCGACCUUCGCAAUCCGGUGACGGCACGGAAUCCACGGUUUCAGCAGACAAGAAAUACUCGGCGUACAAAGAUGUGAACUACCCGGUGGUCUUGGAGACGAAAGGCAGUUUUAUGCGGCCCUCUGAUGCUGGUCUCGUGAAAGAAGACAAGACAUUGUGCGAGAAGCUUCUCUCCACGCACCAACCGCGUCCCGAUCAUUCGUUAUUUGAUGACCGGUUCGACAAAUUUCAGACCCUGAUUCGAGGCCGAUCCGAAGCUCGAGUCUAUCUCGAUCUGCAUCCCCUCCUCGUCCCAUCGGUUGAGAACCUGUCCAUCAGUGGUCGAGAAGAAUUUCGCGGUCUGAUCGAAGGUCACAAUGACCCCUGGGUCAAAGGAAUUUCGUUCUAUGGACCCCGACCGCAGCCGGACCGUACAUACGGAUUCAAAUGGUC